AUGGCGGCUAAUGAUGUGAACAAUUUCUUUAACAUUGGAUAUAACGACCCGGCCGGCCGUUUUGAGAAUUUAAGCUUCGUUCUGUGGCCCACAUCUCAGGCCGGGGGAGAAGCACAGACUCUCGCCGCUCGCACUCCUGUGCAGCGAGUGCAGGUUGAUCAGGUCCUAGAGAUUAUUCCUAUACAGCCUGUAAUCCCAGAUUCUUUUAUUAAAGCUCAUGCUGGAGCAAGAAAGGUCCAAGCAAGAAAGGUGGAUAUAUUCAGAAUAGCACAAGGAGAAUCCGAACAAUUACGAGAGUUCGUAAUCCGGUUUCAGAAGGAAAGGAUGUUUUUCCCGGUAGUACCGUACGAGUGGGAAGCGAAAGCUUUCGUAAAGGGUCUCAACCCAUUGAGCUCUGAUGCUUCCAACAAACUGAAGGAAAGCUUAAUAGAAGAUGAUCAAGUGAGUUCCUCGGUAUCAUCAAAAGGGAGUAAUUGUGAUCGGAAUCAGGAAAGGUUUAAAGCUGAUGUUGACACAGAUCAGAGAUCUUCUAGGGGUUUCUUUCAGAGUUACGAAAGGGCAGAUGGGCAAGGAAAUAAAGGUUUUCGAUCAUCGCAUAGAUUUUCUUCCAAUAGAAGAAUGGAUCGUUGUCGGAGUAGAAGAACUUUACAGGAGAAAGAAGCAUCGGGAUCCCGAGAUUUAAUGUAUCUCCGGUUAUCCGACUAUAACUUUAACAUCAGUUUAGUAGUGUUGGUGUCAGCUAUGAGAAAUGUUAAGGAGGCUAGGACUCGGGACUGUCGGCACCUUCGUGAAGAGGUGGCAGCGUUGUUGAAGAAUGGUCACCUCAGAGAAUUGCUAGGUGAUCGGGCCAAGAAUAAUUAUGGGAAAAAUCAUGACGCUAGGGAGCUAACCAAACCGGUUGUAGGAUCACCUCUUAUGGGGAUAAACAUGAUUUUUGGUGGAAGUUCAGCCAAUAUCAUACAAUGGAGAAUUUUGGAGCAAGCAAAGUUAACCGGAAACAUAGUUCCGGUAACAAAGCUUCUGGACGGGUUCAACUUAACGAGUGUAAUGAUCCGAGGAGAGAUCUUUCUGCCUACACAUGUCGAAGGAGUAACGAAGACCACUAUGUUUGAAGUAGUAGAUGGCGACAUGGGGUACGAUGUGAUCCUUGGAAGGCCAUGGAUACAUGAAAUGAAGGUUUUGCCUUCAACUUACCAUCAAUUGCUGAAAAUUUCCACACCGGAGGGAGUCAAGCUGAUCAGAAGAGAUCAGUUGGAUGCAAGAGAGAUAAACACAAUUACCUUGUCUAGUAGCAAGGGAAAAGAGAUAAUCAAAUGGCAACCACAGGAGCCGGUGCCCUCUUCCACCCCAGUUAAAGAUAAUAGAAAAGAGGAGUCAUCACAUUCUUAUUAG